AAAUUCCUCGCUGUGGCUGUGCGUCGUAUUCAACACAGCCAGGGCAGGGAAGGGAGUUCUUCUUCCUCUCUCUCUCUCUUUCCCUUUUUCUCCUCACUCUCUCACACACAGCUCAGCAUCGCCACUGACGCGACUCAUAAAUUCACCCGUUUUAUGCUCCUCAGUCCUUCAGAGCCACUUGGAGGGAGGAUUUGUGUAACAGCUCCGGUUAGCGGUCCGUCCCAAAAAUGGUCUGCAGAUAGAGUGGGGAUUAUUCAGAGUUCAGCGGCGAUGAACAGGAUGAACACGUCGACGUACCAGGAGGAGGAGCUGCUGGGUAACUCCACCUGGACCUACCAUCACCAGAACCACACCCCCACCGUGCCGCUGCUGCAGGACAAGGCCUCCACCCUCAAACCCGCAGCCUGUGAGCAGGUCCACAUUGCUGUGGAGGUGUUUCUGAUCCUGGGGAUCAUCUCACUGCUGGAAAACAUCAUGGUCAUCACGGCAAUAGUGAAGAACAAGAACCUCCACUCACCCAUGUACUUUUUUGUCUGCAGUCUGGCUGUGGCAGACAUGCUGGUGAGCGUGUCCAACGCAUGGGAGACCAUCAUCAUUUACCUGCUGAACAACAGGCAGCUGGUGGUGGAGGAGCACUUCAUCAGACAGAUGGACAACAUGUUCGACUCCAUGAUCUGCAUCUCGGUCGUGGCGUCCAUGUGCAGCCUGCUGGCCAUCGCCGUGGACAGGUAUGUCACCAUCUUCUAUGCUCUGAGGUACCACAACAUCAUGACGGUGAGGAGAGCAGGCUGCAUCAUUGGAGGAAUCUGGACCUUCUGCACCGGCUGUGGGAUCGUCUUCAUCAUCUACUCUGAGACCACCCCCGUCAUCAUCUGCCUGGUGUCCAUGUUCUUUGCCAUGCUGCUCAUCAUGGCCUCCCUCUACAGCCACAUGUUCAUGCUGGCCCGCUCGCACGUCAAGCGGAUCGCCGCGCUGCCGGGCUACAACUCCAUCCACCAGCGCACCAGCAUGAAGGGCGCCAUCACCCUCACCAUCCUCCUGGGCAUCUUCAUCGUCUGCUGGGCCCCCUUCUUCCUGCACCUCAUCCUGAUGAUCUCCUGCCCCCGCAACCUCUACUGCGUGUGCUUCAUGUCCCACUUCAACAUGUACCUCAUCCUCAUCAUGUGCAACGCCGUGAUCGACCCGCUGAUCUACGCCUUCAGGAGUCAGGAGAUGAGGAAGACGUUCAAGGAGAUAAUCUGUUGCUACAGCUUAAGAAACGCCUGCAGCAACCUUUGCUCCCUCACCGGUAAGUUCUGAAAAGAAAAAAUGGAGAAAAAGAACACACACACACACACACACAAAAAAUAAAUAAAUAAAGCGAAGUUGGAGCAAUGAACUUGAACUGAGACCUGUUCCGGAAAUUCAACGUCCAUCACAUGGAGACUGUGUUUUGUUUUUUUGUGUGUUUUUGCCGCUUACGUAUUACGGUCAGAACAGUUUUUAGUUGGGUGUUUGUUUUUUCCGCCAACUGUUAAAAAGGACGAGCCAGAAACGGUGAAGUGUUUCCUAAUGCGCUAAUGCACGACAUCCAAAACACACACAAAGAGGCUGAUUUAUUAGGUACAUUAUCCAAACGCUCUACCAGCCCCAUCCGAAAUCACGAGUCAUUUUAAAAUGCGUCACAGAAAUCUACCCUUCUUUCGUUCUCCCCUGACAUGUCCUCCUCUGUGUGGUUCAGCUUUUCUUUUGGUUGUCCUUUUCUAAUCAAUGAGAUUACUAUCCUACCCUACAAGACUAUGACCGACAAGGCAGCCUGACAGAUUUAUUUCACUUCUGUCAAGUGAGCCAUGCAGGCUGAAAGAGAGCUUAGAUAUUCACUGCUAAUUGCCGAUGAUGGCAACCCCAGGCAGCCAGUGUUGCUUCAAAGCCCUGAUGUGCACAUCCUUGGCAAUUAGGACAAACCCACGUGGCGGAACGGCCUGGUCAAUGAAGCCGGAAACUCUGACAGGAUCCUGGCAGUUCUCACUGAUGUUACAAAAGGAGGCCAAAACUCUUUAGAAAUGUAAUUCAGCGCUUUAGGGGAUAAAACAUGAAGUCGUUGUAAUGCAGUGUUCAGGGGGUUUGGAAUAUGCUUGAAUCAACACCGUUUUUUUUGUUGUUGUAAUGGUUUUUAAAUGUAAAAAAAAUGCAAAUUUAUUGACAGGUGCAAAAACAUAUAAACACAUUAGUGGGGCAGAGAUGAACAGAAGUAAGUCAUCAGCGUAUAAUGACAGUAUGUGAAGUCCUUCAGCUGACUGAUACUUUACUGGUCGUACAGUGGAACUAUUUCAAACAUCAAAGUACAUAGCUAAGUACGCUGUGAAGGAAUCCAAGGAGUGACAGCAAGUACAAUAAAAAGAAAAGUUGAAGAAUUUUGAUUGUUGUAACUAGAUAAGAUUAUAUCUAAGCAACAGAAGAGCAAGAAGAGAGCCGUUGUUGAAGGAGACGGAAUGACAAGAAUGAUUUCUUAGCUCAUUCUGUGAAGGUGGACGCAUGGCGGUGCAGAGAGUGUUUCUGUUUUCUCACAGAUUAUCGAUUCUCAUAUUCUACUGUCAGGACAUAAUGACAGUUUUAACAAAUAGGUAAUAAACAUAUACUUUUAAAAAAAAAUUAAAGUUACCUACCGCAGCUUUAAAUAUGAAAAUAAGUAGGUAAAUAAGAUUAUUCAGCAAUGCCCCAACAAAACUGCCCCACCGUGUCCAGACAUCACUCUUCAUUUUCUCAUGUUAGUGGUAACCUGUACUCUGAAUUCUCCAAAAUGCAAUCCAGAAUAAGAAACCGUGUUACAUCAGUUUAACAUAAUCCAGUGAUGGAGUUAAAAGUGAACACUGAAAAAAACAAAAAGUUCUAUAAACAGUUGAAAUCAGACGGUGCUUCAAGAUCAUUUAGUCCACUUUAACAACUGUGUCAGGGAGAGAACGUUUUAAUGAACGUGUUGUUGGAGUCCCUGUUCAGUCCAGGGUUAUAUUGAUCAGUGGGGUGAUCACACACUCUGCUCAGCAAACUGUCAAAUAUUAUUCACAUGAGAAUCGGAGCUCUUCACCCAUGUGUUGCACAUUAACUCUUUUUUUUUUCUUUUACUUUGUUCACAGUAGAGUUGACACAGGCGUCAGUAGACAUACAUGGGGCCUUUAAUUACACUUCAGUUGAAAACUGUCCGUGUCUCUGCGCCGACACUGAGCUCCAUGAAAGCACAAAUAAUUUGUGCUUCUUUCAUUUUCUCAUAUGACAUCUGUGUGCAUCAUAAACUCAUUAAGAGUUCUUAAGCCAAAUUAUUUCCACACGCGAAAUUCGUCAGAAUCAAGUGCGUCUUCGUCUGGAUGUUUGUCUGCUCCUCAGUUCCAGCCCACACCCACACACAGGUGACAGGCCUUUAGACUUGUAAUAAACGCAAAUAAUGAAAUGUGUUGUCUCCGUCAGAGAAGCGGUGCUGAGCUUUGUGGAGGAGAAACGUUUUCUGCUGUGGCUGCAGUAACUCCAGAGCUGCUCUGCCUCUGUACGAUUUAUGAAGACAGUUUUUCCCUCAUUAUUUACAAAAAGCAAACACUGAAUGCAUCUUCUGCUGAACAGAAGAACAGAAAAGUGCUAAUUAAAACCAGCCUUACAAUAUGAAUGAUAAAAAAAAGAAUACAAGAACACAAUGUGUACAUUUUAAAAACACUUCUAAUUACUUUUCUGAAGAUUCAGACUCUUGAAAUGUUUGUAAGGAAAAACUUUAUCUUUAACCAUGUUUUAAUUAAAGUGGCUAAACAGAAAAUGUAUCGCGAGCAGAUGGAUUACAUAAAUGACAGGAAUUACGGUAAUUAUAAUAACACAAUUUUGAAAUUUUUCAUUUAAAAUAUCGCAAUAAAGCUUGAAUUCUUGAUGAAAAUGGCCUGGUUUAAAAGUUUUGCACAGAAACUUGUGAUCUGAGCAACUAAAGAUACAGAAACAACAUAUACUGUACAUAUAUACAUUUUAUUCAUACGUAAAUGUAUAAAAUGUAUUCCCAUUUGGGAAGGUCAGGUAAUUAAUAGCUAAAUUAAUCAGACGGUGAAUACAACUAAAGUUUGAGACUAAAAGAUUUCAGACUUAACUUGGACUCCUGAUCUGAAACUUGAGUCUUCUUCACAAGUAUGAAGAUUUAAUAAAAAGCUGUCAUGACAGGCUAUAGUGUUACAGAAUGAGGCUUCUUUAACUGUAAAAGAAUGCACUUAAUUAUUAUCCAGUGAUGUUUGUGAGUUAUGGGCUGUUAACGACGCAUAAUACAGAAUAAAAAUAAAUCAAAACUAAAACUUAAAAGCAUAUUUUCUCAGUGGAAAGGAGGCGAUCAUGCUGUAUAGUUCAGUAGUAAAUGUGAAAAGUGAGCUGAGUCAGUUUGGAGACCAAAUACAUAAUCCCAGCUUAUGAAUAAAUUUAGACUCAUUUGGCAGAAAAAAACAAAACAUUCUUUCUGUCUGGAUUCUUACCAACCUACAUUUCAUUGUCUCACCGGAGCCCGAAGAAUUCUGCAGUCAAGAAAGACGUAACAGUGUGUACACUUCAUGAUAGAUUGGAAAAAAGGAAAGGAUGACUUGAACUAGUGAUUUUCACUGCUCAGUUUUCCAGAGCUUUCAGAAUGUAGGAGAAGUCUUUGUGUGGAGACAGAAACAGUGAUGUUGUAUUAAGAGUAUUAUUACUGUCUUGCACACAUGAAGAGUUCUGCACUGAUUACUAUGUGGUGGGGAGGCAGAGUCUGCUGUUCGGCUUUGUUCAGCAUGUUGAAGGUAAAAACCAUCCAAGUAAAUGGCGACUGCCCCCUUUUAGAGGUCUGACAAAGACUUGCAGAUGAAAGCGCUGCCUCCACUCUAGGUGGAAAAGCAUUAUGAUAUCCGGUGCUGUGGAAGACAUACAUGACUAAUACGUGGAUCAUCAGCAGGGGCCUACGUUGCUACAAUGUGAAUGAGUAACACCAAAAAACAAGGUAGAAAAAAUGAUGAUAAAGCAGCAGGAUAGGGUGACAGACACUUACUCCUCUGACUAAUGGUCCUCACGCUCAAAUCACCUGUUAAAAGCAGACAUGGCAACCACAAUAACACACACAGCAGCCAUCUCUUUCAUAUACGCUUUCCAAGAUAAUUACAAAUCCCUGCUUCACUCUGGGGGGGUAACACAUUUAUCCUGCUGUCUCACAUAUUGCCUGACCUUUAGAGGAUCUAUUUAUUUUUUGCUCAAUGUGAAGCGUAAAAGUGUUUUUGUCUAUUGCCGUAGAAACAUUAUGUUUCCAGAUAUUUUUUUGUCCAGUUUUUUUUUUUUUUUUUUAUGUGAUUAUCAACAUGUAUUCAACAAACACAACAAACAUUCAUGAUUUUUCGGAACCACCUAAAUGCCAGCUUUAAAAAUGUGAUUGUUUUUUUUUUUAAAAUAAAAAAUAAAGGUUGAUUUUUUUUUUUUUUUUUACCCGCUUUUCCAGUACAUGCAAAUAAGAGUUUUUUCUGGUGAUAAUAGUUGUGGGUGGGGAAGGCUGAAUCUCAAAAAUCAGCAUCAACAAUGAUUUUGAGCAACUUUAAUUUUUGACAAGAAGAAAGAAGGAGUGGCUGGGUCCAGCCUCAAACUAUCAACAGACCGAAUUUUAAAUUUUUUUAAAAUCAUUUGUAAUGGAAACGCAGCCAAUGUUGAAUGAUCCAUAGAUUAUAAUUCAUAUUUUGAACAAUUCAUACCAUGUAAACAUGUUGUCUAUUUGAUCAACUUUUUGGACACAGAUAAAAAGCUAAACUCACCAUCUAUCUUUUUUAAUUUUAUGCUGUUUGUAUCGACAAAUCCAGAGUUGCACAUGUAUAAAGUAAUGACAGCAGCUGUCAUCACGCUGCAGCUGUGUCUGCAUCAGCGCCAUGGUUACCAGCCAACCAGCCAACCAGCCUCUUGAAAUCUGCCUGUGUGUAAAAGCGCAGCUCCGUUUCCUCAGACUAGAGCGUAAAGUUUUCCUUCCUGCUCCGUUCUGUCUCUGUGCUCCACAUUGAUCCCCCUGUGCGCUGAGCUGCUGCCAUGUAAAAACGUGAAUGUACAAAUAGCUCUGCACCGCUCUCUGUGAUUGUGUGCUGGUGCCUACCUCCCUACUGACAGGCUUGAUUCUUCUUUAUCAGUAAAAAUGCAGCGGCCUGCUGAACCUGAAUGUUAUUAAGCAUUGCUAUGUAAAUGACGUUAUUAUCUGUGCAACAUAUUAUUUAUUGUAAAAAGAAAAAAGAGUCGGUCACUGUAUAUCUCUCUGAAAUAAUGUUUGUUCCCAAAGACAUCGAGAUAAAAACCAAAAAAAAAAUCAAGGUGAACAGAUUAACAUGGGCUACCCGUCUUGUGCUGUAAUAGUGUUCUGAUUUAUUGUAAUCCAUUUAAUAUUCUCUUUUGCACUGCAGAGAAUAUUUAUGGGAGAAGAUGCAUAAAAGUGCACAGACUUGUAACGAUAUUUACUUCGACGACUUUGCAUUUUUGUGCUCAAACGCCUCUGUGCUGCUAUUGUAUGCAACAUCCCUCAAAACUGACACUGGGUUUCUGUUGCCCACAGAAGCAGCAGUCUGUGUUUUAGCCUCUGCUGCUUCACCAGACUGAGGUUUUCCUGAUCGGAUGCUUAAGCUUUUCUCCAUGUGCAGUGAGACCGUUCGCACAUUUCACAUCCUCAAAUGGUGAUAUGAACAAACAUAAAUGUUGGCUUCUGUUAGCAAUGUGGCUUACAAUGGAUUCUUCUCUUUCUGUGUUUAUGUCUUAAUAAAAAAGAUAAUAAAUCUGA